UUAGCCGUAAUAAUAUACGCUUACAAUAUUGAGUUGCUGGUCUCCGUCAUCUAGGUAUAGAUGGAAUACUGAAAUUAAUUUUUUUAACGCAAAUUUAAACGUUGUUUUAUUUUUAUUUCACUGAAAAGACUGAAGACAUUUUAUUAUUUUACAUUACGUUACAACAGAUCUACAAAAAAUAAGAGUCGACAAUUCAUGCAACUUUGAACGGCUGUAAUGCUUGAUUAUGUCAGACGAAAAAUAUCAAGAUGUUUUCCAAACAAAUCAGAAAUACUGUCUAAUUACAGUUGCAAAGAUUUAUAAAAAAAAUAUCUUUAACGAUGUAACAUAAUAACAGUCAUCAAUAUUUAAAUCAUAAUAAUUUGUUUAUUAUGAUACAAACACUUCGGUGGCAGGGCUAUCCGGUGAUGAUCUCACGACUGUAUAAGUACAUGUUGAAUUUUUCAUAGUGUUCUUUUUUUGUUAAACUCUAAACUUGAGCAAUACUUAUUAUAUUUAUAUAAAUACGUAAGAAAAAACAAACACUCCAAACUGUGAUAAUCUCCUAUAUUUUUGUUAUAUACAAACUGCUUAGACAGUACAUUUAGUUAUCCAAAAAUACCUUUUAAUUGUUCAAAAAAAUUACACUUACGUGCUAUGAGCGAGAGCCAAUUCUUUUGCCCUCGGCUGAUCGACUAUUUAGCUAUUGUCGGAGCUCAUCCCAAUUCUUCAAAAAGAAGUUCUUUAUACGAGUUACAAAACAAUAGAACCAACAAUGACGAAUACAGCGGAGAUAGUUCAACGGUAUCCAGUAAUGAUGACAACUUUUAUAUUCAGAAUCCAGAACUACUUCGCCGGUAUCCAGCAGAAGAUCAUAAAGAUUUUAUAUUACCAGAAACAAUGUCAUAUUUUUGUCAACCAGAAGGAUGUGUUUCCUUCAAGCAUAGCCGAUCUGAAUCGAACAAAGUUACAUCAUUUGUAUUUACACUAACAGAUAAAGAUACAACCCGAACUAGGUACGGCGUGUGUGUAAAUUUUUAUAGACGUGUCGGUCAAUGUUUUACAAAUACUUCAAAGAAUUUAAACAUUAAUGAUGAACAGUAUGUAAAGAAACCACAAAACAAUCAUUCUUCGGUAUUUUUGAAAUGUCAUUCUACAACUUCUUUUUGCAAAUCAAUGUCUCAAGAAUAUCCCACGAAUCAAACAAACGAUAAGGUUACACAAAAUAUUUCAUCACAACCAGAAUCUCAAGAUCUAUAUUCUCUAACAUCUUUGUGUCUUCUUUCUCAUCAUCCUUUAUUUUCAAGUUUUCGUACAUGUUUAUUUUAUUUAAAAAGCCUUAUCGAUUCGUGCAAUAAAAAAAUUAAUCGUAGCAAAAACGAAGGACAUAAAAGAAAAGAAUGCAUAUGGAGUUUAUUAACUGGAUUUUUAACUCAAGCAAAUUCACCGAGAAUUAUACGAUUUAUCAAAGAACUUGAAAUGUGGAUUUUGCGUUUGCUCAGUACUCCUGUCCCUAUACCAGGGAAGACCAAACUAGAAGUUUAUUUGUUUGCACAAAACGAACGACAGUCACCAUUGGCUUUCGCAUUGCCCGACCACACAAGAUUUUCACUAAUUGAUUUCCCUUUACAUUUACCGUUAGAAUUGUUGGGAGUAGAUACGUGCCUUUACGUAUUAACUAUUAUAUUAUUAGAAAGUAAAGUCGUCUUCCAAUCGAAGGAUUAUAAUGCUCUCACUAUGUCAGUAAUGGCUUUAGUGGCUCUUAUGUAUCCCUUGCAAUACAUGUUUACUGUUAUACCGUUACUACCUACAAGCUUACCAAAAUCAGAAAUGCUAUUUGAGAGCCCUGUGCCUUAUGUUGUUGGAGUUCCGUCCAGUUUUUUUUCAACAAAACGAGAUUUCAGAUUUCCAAAAGAUGUUUGGAUAGUAGAUUUGGAUUCAAAUAAAAUAACACCACCGAUAGUUGUUAAUCGAGAAGAUGCUAUACCACAGUUACCAAAAUCUGAAUCGACAACUUUGAAAAAUAAUUUGAAAUCUGCUUUAAAUGGACUUUCACGAAUUAAUCUUCACAAUAAAGCAACAAAUAGUUUUUCGGAAAAUGAAAUUAUGUCAACAACACGGCCUCCAAUGGAAUAUACGAGUACAGGUGAAGAAAUCUCAGAAAGAAAAAUGGAAAACUUUAAAUUAAGUAGUAAUAUCAAAAACACUGAUAAUAGUACAAAUCGAGGAAAUGAAAUAAGAAGACAAACGUCGACGACUACAGCGUACAAUGCUGUCGAUAUCGAUUCGGUGGAUAUUGCAAUUAGAGUGGCCAUGGUUCGUUUCUUUUUGUCGGGCGAUGUAUUGGCCAAUCUAACAGAACAUUCACGAACACUGAGGCUCUACCCUAGACCUGUAGUAUUUUUUCAAAUUAAUUCUUUUCUAAAGAGCCGCCCUAACCCAUCACUUUUUACGUGUCAACUGGCUCGAACACAAGCAGUUGAUUAUUUUGCCGAAUGGGCAUUGACGCCGAACAACGUGGUUUUCCAACGGAUUCAAACAGGUGUUGAUGACCCAUCUAUGAUUGGCGAUAAGCUUAAAUGGUUUACGAAUACCUUAGAGCCUGUUAUAUUUACCGUUUGGCAAGAAAAUUGUUCAAUUCAAAAUAUAAUGAAUAUAAAUAUAAAUUCUAACCGACCCUCUUCGGCGUUAGCUGAAACGAGUUACCAGUCUGAAAGUGACGGUAGUGAUACCAGUAGCAGUGAAGACGAGAGACCAGACAUUUAUCGCGAAGAUUUCAAAAAUGUUACUGAUGAAAAAAUUGCAAAAAUAGAAAGUCAAAGACUCAAUAUUGGACCAAUAAUACAAGGAGUACAUUCUGCUUAUGAACCACCAAUAACAUUACAAUUCCCAUUGACAUCAGACGAUAGCCCAGAUGAUGAUGGGACCGUAGAAUCAAUCGGCAGUAAAUCUAUUGGAUCAUCGCCAUCCAGUAGCCAUAGUGACAUGAGCUCGCCUAUGUUUAAACCCGAAUCUAUAAUAGAUAUCGUUAGAUGUAGCCAAUUGCAACAAUCACCUUCACAAUUAGCUGCAACUGCAACCAGUAACAAACUUCUUCUAAGCAGACACAACACAGGUGGUAGUGAUUCUGCUCUAAACCAUGUAGUUUUAGAACAAAAACAAAAUAGUAAUUUUAGACCUACAUCGCAAACAUCUACAUCAUCCGAAUUUUAUCAAACAUUACCAAUGACACCAGAAAAAAAACAAAUUAUUACAUCCAGUCCACCCUCGUCAAGAAAGGGAAGUAUUAAUAGCUUACACCAACAAUUGACAAGACAAUCCAGUCAAAACAAUUCAAUAUUGGAACAUUUUGCUUUUCAAGCCAAAGAACUUGUUAGAGAAACAGCCAGGCAAAGUAGUCAAGAAGGAGCUGGAGGAAUAUUAGCGCAUGUAGCAGAUAAAUUAACCACUCAAGCAAAAAAAGCUGCAGGCGAAGCUACAAAAUCUGUACACGAAGCUAGUAAAAGUGCAUUUGAAGCCAGCAAAACAGCAGCCGGUGUCAGUAAAAACACUUUUGAUGAUUUAACAUAUGUUGGGAAAAGUACAAUCGGCGACCUCACAAAAAGUGCAAAACAAGUAGCGUCCAAAAAAGGAUUUAAGGUAGGAUUAUUGGGAGAAUCUACAUCUUUAAGCUUACAACAACUAAGUUUUGAUGAUGAAAUAAGUGACAAUAAUCCAUCAACCAAUCCAAUAUCAACCGGCCCUGUUUCAGAAAUUAGAAAAUCAUCAGUAACAUCGAUGGGAACUGGUGCCACCAAAGACUUUUUUUCAAAUAUAUCAAACGAUAUAAAUGGAUUGGCGAAUCAAACAACGAGCAUGUUUACUGAUUUAUUUGGUGGCAAUAAACAACAAAAAAAUAGUAAAUCAUCGCUCACGUUGCCAGUGACUAAAAUUAAAGAACGAACUUCCUCUGGACCUUUUCCGGCAAAAACCGGGCGUAACGAUUUAGUUGAAAAAUCAAAUUUAAUUCGUCACUCAAAUCCAAGAAAACUAAGUGAAACAUCAAAAAUACCAAGCAAAAAAUCAGUUAAACCUAAUAGUCAUAUGGAUAAUGAAACGUUUCUAAAAGAUGUAACAAAACAGAUUCUUGAUGGAGAUGGAAUAGGUUGGCUCAAGCUCAGUAGAUUCAAAAAGUUAAUGGAAGAAGAGGGAUACCGGAAUUUAGUUGUCAGUAAACUUAACCGUACAUUGGAUAAUAAAAUUAGUCCAAGUGAUCAUAUUGAUGAUGUGUAUAUAAAUAGGUUUGUUUGGAAAGGAAUGCUUAAAGCCUUAUUAGCAAUUAUUCAUGGAUUAGAAGUAUCUUUUAACAAUCAAUGUGGAGGUGGAUUAGCAUCUGCAUUCCAAGUACUAGAAAUAGCUCAUACUCAUUAUUGGGCUAAGGAUAUGUCUAUGACUGAUUUCGAAUCUCAAACGUCCAGUCCAUAUAGUAGCCGUGAAAAUGUACAAUCACCACUACAAAGUCCAAGUAUUGCUGGUUCACCAAUGUCCAGUAUUUAUCAAGCAUCUAGGAAAUCUUCUCAAACCAGUACAUCUGGAUUAUCUGAAUGUAAAAAUAGUGGAGCUGGAAAAUUUUCUCGUGAUUUUUCAUUAGCUGACGACAGAGAAGGAUCGACUUCUAAUGCUUCUUUAAAUGAAACGUUCAAUGAUUUAAUGAACAUUGAAAACAACAAACAAGAACAAAUUUCAACAAACCCUUUUUUGGGAAAUGAAGGAGAAAUUUCAUCCAUUGGACCUAUAGUAGUAUCAGAUGAAUCCAGUUGUAACAGUAGCUCAGUACUAGUCAACAAUCCGUCGUUUUAUUUGAAACGGAUGACAAGUAACAACUGUAGAAACAAUGCAUCUUUCUUUCGAAGUGCAGUAUCGGACAGCGAACUUGAUAAUACGGGACUUUUCAAGACAACUAAUAAGAAUCGCACUCAAAGUAUUUGGUCCAGUAAAUCAUCUCUAAGUGCUGGAUUUCGAUAUCACGGAGGUUUAUUGAACACUACAUCUGGAUCGCCUAGUCCAGAAUCAGGACGUACCUAUUUGUUUGAAGGUAUACUGGGAAAAGAACGAAGUACAAUUUGGAAUCAACUAAAAUUUUGGGAAGAUGUAUUUAUUGAUGCUGUCAGUCAAGAGAGGGACAUGAUAGGCAUGGAUCAAGGACCAAUAGAAAUGAUGGAGAGGUAUAAAAAUUUAAAUCAAAGUGAACGGAAACGCCUAGAAUAUGAUGAAGAUAAACUCCUAUCCAUAAUGAUAUAUAAUUUAAUUGCAUUUAUGAUCAUGGUAAACGUUCCUAAGGAAAGUAUUAUGAAAAUCGUUAGGACUUUAGUCGGGAAAAGUAGAGUGACAAAUUGUUACGCGACUGAAAUAACGAGCCUCAUGUCUCAACUAUCUAAUUUGAAUGGAAAUGAUGUUGACUUGAAACCAUCAAAUUCGAGACAAGCACAUAGACAAAGCUUUGCUGUACACUGUGGUGACUCUACCGGGGAAUUGUUGUUCCUAGAAGUUAGAGACGACGGACUCGUUCUGAGAUCAGUUAGCGGAGUGAUUGUUAGUAGAUGGUGGUAUGAACGCAUUGUAAAUAUGACUUACAGCCCUAGAAGUAAAAUAUUUUGUCUUUGGAGAACCGCCAACGGUGGACAACUUCAACUAAACAAAUAUUAUACAAAAAAAUGCAAAGAUUUAUAUACUCGCAUCAAACAUUCCAUGGAAAAAGCCGCAGAGAGAGGACAAGGUAUCAUUCCUGGAGUUGAAUUAGGAGGCGAAUUUCCUGUUAAGGAUAUGGCAACAGGGGAAGGUGGUAUACUUCAAGUUUGCAUGGAAGGUGUUGGUUUAUUAUUCGCUGAUAGUAAGGACUUUGAGUUUUUCGUUCGACUUGAUCACGUGCGAAAGUGUUUCACAGUGCAGAAAAAAAUAUUUGUUUUGGAGGAAUACAAUCCAAAAUUGAAACAUAUUAUUCAACGGCAAUUCGAAUCACCGAUGGCUGGGCAAAUUUGUUAUGCAGUACUAUGUGUGUUUUCAUAUAUUGCUGCUGGUCAUAAACAGACAAUUAGCCAAACUCAUAAAGACAAAACACAGCGGAAAUUGUCAACAUACUCGGCCGAAUCAAGUGAAAACAGAUGUUAAUGUCUCAGGACAUUAUUACAGGUGUUUAAUAUACCUAAAUAUGUAAACAAGGAAAAAUGGUAUUUAGAAUUAAGUAGAAAUCUCUAUUUGUUUAUUAUUAUAUAGUUUUCAUGUUCAACAGCUAUUCAUGUUUAAAUGGCUAAAUAACUUUCGUAACACCAUUUUUUAAUUAGAUUUAUUUAGAUUAUUUAUAACUUUACUACAUAACAUGUUUCUUUUAAAAUUUAUA